GAUUCACACUUCAAUUCCAUACUUUUUCCGUAUCUUCUACCAAAGUCUCUGCAAUGUCUUCCAGCACCAAAGAAAUAGCCUCGGAGUUCCUUCCCUUCAUCAGAUUCUACAAGGAUGGCUCGGUGGAACGCCUUUUGGACUAUCCAUACGUGCCCCCAUCUCCAAAUCAAAACCCUGAAACUGGUGUCUCCUCCAAAGAUAUCACCAUCUCAGACAACCCCAAUAUCUCCGCACGCCUUUACCUCCCAAACCUCUCUCAAAACCAAUCCCAAAAGCUUCCCAUCUUGGUCUACUUCCAUGGUGGUGGGUUUUGCAUUGAAUCCGCCUUCUCAUUUCUUGACACCCACUAUCUCAACCGCUUGGUCUCAGAAGCCCGAGUCCUAGCCAUCUCUGUUGACUACAGGCUCGCCCCGGAGAACCCACUUCCUAUUGCUUAUGAAGAUUGUUGGGAUGGUCUUCGAUGGGUUGCUUCUCACUCAAGCAACAAUGACUCAGGCGGUGACAAAGAGCCAUGGUUAGUCAGGUAUGGAGAUUUUGAUAGGCUUUACAUUGGUGGUGAUAGUGCAGGUGGAAACAUUGCACAUAAUAUGGCUAUCAAGGCAGGAGUUGAGAGCUUGUGUGGUGGUGUCAAAAUUUUGGGUGCAUUUUUAUCCCACCCUUAUUUUUGGAGUUCCAAGCCAAUUGGGUCAGAGCCUAAAGGUGAAGACUUUGAGAAAGCUGUCCCUUAUUUGAUUUGGGACUUUGUUUAUCCAUCAGCUCCCGGUGGGGUCGACAAUCCGAUGUUAAAUCCGGCGGGUGAGGGAAAACCGAGCCUGGCUGGACUUGCGUGCUCUCGGCUGCUCGUGUGUGUUGCUGGAAAAGAUGAGCUGAGGGACCGAGGUGUUUGGUAUUACGAUUUGGUGAAGGAGAGUGGAUGGAAAGGAGAAGUGGAGCUGUUUGAAGUUGAAGGAGAGGACCAUUGCUAUCACAUCUUCUGUGAGAGUGAAACUGAGAAUGUUAAGAAAAUGAUAAAACGCUUGGCUUCUUUUCUUGUCUAGUAAUAGUAUGAUCAAAUUUAUAAAAUAAGUUUUUAAUAAAUAUUGUGUGUUUUUCAAGUAUUUUA